UGAACGUCGUGACCCGAACGCAAUCAUUCUGGUUACGCCGCGUCUUUUCAUCACUCGACUUACGACCGAACGACCGAUUGCCUGACCAUCCCACCCUCUGUCCACUGCGUGGAAAUUAUCGGGCGCUACAAAAUUCGACAGCGAGUGCAGCUGACUUGGACUUCGCUCGCGUGGAGGUUUCCUUCCACCUUUCGAGCUCGAUAUCCGCACAAAUCACCCACCAGUCAUGUCAGCGCUUCCCUCGCGCAUCUCUUCGCUGGCUCCGUUCCUGCUGCAGUCACCACCAGGACAAGUAGAGAAUGUGUACAAUGAUAUAGCAGGUCUGUUGCAAGCCGAAGAAGACACGGAAGGCUCUUCCAUCAGUGAGAAGGAGGUCAACAUCCAGCUGCGGAAAGCUGCGGACCCUGCUUUGAAGGAUCACAACGAGCAGCAAUUUGUUAUUGUCAAGGUUCAGGAUGGCACUGCGACGAGCAAUGCGACGAGCACCAUCAUUUGUCAAGAAGCGCGGAUACAGGUGCAGGGCAGAGAUAGAUACAGGCAUGCUCGUCUGCCGAUCAGCUUCGAGAUCGAUCACAAGACUCUGGCUACAAGUGCGGUCGAAUCGCUAGAACAUAAUCCGGAAGCGGAGCCGCUACGUCGAGCGUGGGAUGCGGCUCUGGCAGAGUACAUUGGUGAUCGCUACCCGGAUGGCAAAGCGGCUGUAUUUGCUCGAUUGCUUGGCGAGCCGAUUGGUGGUAGUGCCUCAGAAAUUGAGCCCACAGCUGCACCUGAAAAGGGCCCCGCCUCCUCGGCAGAAGCGGACGAUUCAGACAAGAAACCGGAGGAGGACAGGGAAGCAUCUGCUGAAGGAUCCCAAGAUGUCGAGGACAAGGCUGCAGCAGAGUCGAACGUGCCUGCUGCCAGUGCAACGCUCAAAGAGGUCAGCGGACCUGCCCCGCUUGUGGCGCAUAUAGUCGGUACAAGGCUGAAUCCUCGCAAUUUCUGGGCGGGAAGAUGGAGGGGAACGUACACGUACGACCCUAACCAUUCUUCAGUGCUGGCAGCGCGCUAUCAGAUCGUGGUGCACUACUACGAGAACGGCAAUGUUCAGAUGAAUUACGAGCACAGCGAAGAACUUGCAGUAUCAGGAGCGAGCGCACAAGAUGCGGAAAGCGCUGCAAAGGCGCUCACUAAGGCUAUUGAGAAGGCGGAAGGAGAAAUUGCGGAAGGGAUCAGCAAGCAGGUGGAGGAAUUGGGAGGGGAUGCGUUCAGAGCGAUGAGGCGCAUGUUGCCCGUGACGAAGCAAAAAGUGAAUUGGGACAAGCUGGUCAGCUACAAGAUUGGAUCGGAGCUCAGCAAGUAGGCUCGGUGUGUGUACACUCUCUUCAGCAAAUGAAUGGCAUUCUUUUGUCAGUGGAGCAAGCUUUUGAGAUGCGUCAGAUUUUCUGCCUUGCGCAGAGAAGGGUACAGCGAGACUUGCGCGGUGGUUGGGGUAGUGCUCACUGCCCACAUGUCAAGUCUUCGGCACCUUGUACAGCAUUCGCCCUUUUCUCGAUCCACCGAAGAUCUCUAUCAGUCGAGGCGCGCUGCUCCUUGCAAGCAGCUCAGUGCCACGCAGC